AUGGCGUCGACCAGUGCUGGCGUCCACGUGUCCACGGAGCUAACUGCAAGGACAUUUUAUGGCUCACAAUUGAGAAAGAGAGCCACAGUGAUCCCUCCUGAAGGUGGAAUAUCCGACGUCGACUCAUCAAGCGAUGAUGAAACGGACACGGACAAUGAUGACACCAGCUUCAAGGCAAGGAGUAGAAGCUUGGAAGUAGAAGAAUCCCUCUCGGAAGACGAAGCCGAAUUGCCAAAGAACGCCGCCUCGUCGAAACAAGGUGACAAGUACAAAUGGAGAAAGACAAGUUUCGACCACGACUUCCGAGCUCCAGAACCGCAGUUUGAGCUUGCACCGGAAGAUCUCACUCCACUGCAGUAUUUUCAGAUGUAUUUUGGCGAUGAGUUCAUUGAGAAGGUGGUUUACGAGACAAAUCUGUAUUCCACUCAACAGACCGGAUGCUCAAUCAACACGAACGUUGCAGAGUUAAGGUCCUUCAUCGGAAUUCUUCUUAUGAUGGGCGUCGUCGGGAUGCCUUCGUUUGAAGACUACUGGGCCAAUCAAACAAGAUGUGACAAGAUCGCCAAUGUGAUGCCUAUAAAACCUGUGCUUGAGCACAUUCUGAGCAAAUGCAAGGCCACAGAGAGCGAAAAUCUCUUCUCCAUUGAUGAGAUGAUGAUCCCGUACAAGGGUAAAAAGGCGGGGAACCUGAGGCAGUACCUCCCCAAAAAACCUAAAAAGUGGGGCUUCAAACUGUUUGUACGUGCGGGUGUUUCUGGGAUGGUUCAUGACUUCAUUCUGUACACCGGCGCAACAACAUUCGAAGGUAUCAGACUUGCAGAAGAGGAAGAGGCGCUUGGUCUCGGCGCAAAGGUUGUGUUGCACUUGUGCGAGAGCAUUUCUCGUCCAAAUGAGAGCAUCGUCUACUUUGAUAAUUUCUUCACCUCGCUGGAACUGAUCUCACGACUGAAAGAAAGGUAUUCUUUGCACAGUCUCGGCACCAUUCGAAGCAACAGGCUUCGAGGCUGCUCCCUAAAGGAUGACAAGUCACUGCUGAAGGAGGGAAGAGGCAGCUUUGACUACAAAGUGGACAAUGUGGCAGGACUUGCAGUCGUGAAAUGGGCUGGCAACAAGACUGUAAUAGUUGCAAGCUCUUGUGUCUCACAAGACCCAGUGGAAACAGCGAACAGGUUUGACAAGAAGGAGCGUCAAAAGAUUCCAGUUUCUUGCCCACAAAUUGUGAAACAGUACAACAUUCACAUGGGCGGUGUUGACCUUGCAGACAUGUACGCAGCGCUUUAUCGCACCCCAUUCCGCACAAAGCGAUGGUACUUAGGCAUCUUCAGCCAGCUUCUCGAUAUAUCCGUGAACAACGCUUGGCUACUACACCGACGACAGUCAAACCUCACUGGCGUGAAGGCAAUGCGACUGAAACAAUUUCGACUAGCUGUUUCAGAAGCUUUGAUGCAUGCAAGCCCCCCGAAAAGAGGGAGACCUUCUUCCACCCUCGAUGAAGAACCUGCGGCGCAGCGCCCAAGAAUGCAGACCACGGCAGCACCUGUCACCGAUGUCCGCUACGACGGUGUGGGUCACCUACCAACACUGGAAGGCAAAGGUCGCUGCAGUUCAACGUAA